AUGAGGGAAAGUGAAUUAACGAAAUUUUUAGUAUCAUUCAAUGGACAUAUUGAAUACGUAAGAUUUCCCGCGGGGGUUUUUGACGAGCAAUUAUAUCUACAAUAUGAUUUGAUAUGGGGUCCUGAUUGGGAUCCUAUUUCUGGUCUGAAUUCAGGAGUUAGUCAAAUGGCUAAAUCCGGCGUCGACCCAGAGAAAGUUAUAUUUAAUUUACCCGUAGAAAUGGCAUUCGGGAGCACUAAUGUGUUUGGAUGGCCACAAUUAAUAAUAACAGUGCGUGCUAAAAACUUCCUUAGUGGAGAUACUCUCCGUGGGUAUGCGUUGUUUCUCUUGCCACCCACUGCUGGUACUCACGAGUUGUCAGCUCCUUUGAUAAGGCCUAGAUCAGCAACGAUGCUUGGUGAUUGGUUUGCGUGGAUCACUGGAAGGUAUCCAGAGUUGGUCGAUGCAAGGAUGUUAGCAAACGGGAAGGAAAAUUAUUUGCUUCGGACAGAGUCCUACGGCAGUGUUAAUCUGAAAGUGACGAUGGUGUCUAAAGAUUUACGAAAGCUCGGAUACGACAACCAGUCUGCUUGCAAGAAC